CCCCCUAGUUUUUUGGCAUUUCUGCUUCUGACUCCAGCCACAUCAAGGCAUUGCAGAGUCACAUGCAAAUAAAGCCAUGUGGUUCAAACAUGAAUGUGCUUAGCAAAGUUAUGAUGUGUUCACCACAUGCAGAUCAGGUUUGGGUUGGCAUCACAUAAUGCACCUGCUCUCAGGGACCACUCAAAAUGCAAGCAAGUAGGGUCAGGAGAGUGCAAAUUCCUUUCCACCCAUGUUGUUUUGUGCCACGGCACGGGUUCUCCUGCUGCUGCUGCCUGUGAAAUACAUAGGCAGAGGGCACCACCUCAGAGAGCCAACUCUGCACCAGAACAGUGACAUGGGGCUUGGGGCCAGGAUUCAGUGUCAAUGAUAUUCAGCCAGGGCCAAAGCAUCACAGAGCAUUUGUGUUUGUAUGUGCAUGCAGUUAAAGGGGGUAGCUUGCCUAGGUUGACAUGGGUCAUGAGGAGGCCAGAAUCAAGGGACACUACCCAGAAGAAUUAAUGCCCAUCACAGACGCUAGCCUGCUACGGAUAUAAAUUAUAACCAACUGCUCCAGGUGGAUGCUUCCUUUCCUCUUUAGAGCCUCAGAAGUUACACUGUUUGAGGGGGACAGAUUGUCAGAAGAGCAGUCUGGUUGUCCACUGGGUGCUGAGUAGAGCUGGCUGCAAUUUUUCAUUCAGAAUUUUUUUGACACACACACAAAGUUAUUUUUAAUGAAAAAAAAUAGUGUUUUGUCAAAGCAGAAAUGUUUGCCAGAACUGUCCAUUUCUGAUUAAAUAGGGGUAAGAUGUUGUUAAUACUAAAACUGUUUCAGUUUUUUGGCAACCAAACUCCAAAAAUAUUUCUGUUUUCAGCAACCAGAACCUGAAGAUGUCAGACAAAAUUUUCAUUUAAAAAAAAAAAAAAAAUUGGCUCCACAUUUUCAAGUCUUCAAAAAGUUUGGGGUUUUGGCAUGUUUCUGUUUUGGCUGCUGAAAACUGAUUUUUUUUUAAAAAAACCAACCGCCCCCCAAAAAUGUAGAAAAUUUAGAUUAAAAGAAUAAAGUUUGUUUUCAUCAUAAGCUGUUGUUUUCAUUGUUCAAAAAAGUCAAAACCAUUUCCCAUGCAGCUGUAAUGCUGCAGUGUUUAGAAAAUGCAGCUGUAAGUGUCCCAAUGGGCGCAGCUAAGUGCUGAGCACUUUGGAAAAAUCUGUCCCUUGUUUUGGUGUUUAAAUAAGACCUGAGCUCUUUUGAAAAAUCUAGCUUCCUCAGUGGGUGCUGAGCCCUUGAGAAUUUCUCUUGGCUUUCUGUGACUCAGCACAAGAGACAUGGCCAGGGAUGCAUCAUGGGUCUGGAUUCCAGACAGUGUUUAAUUUCCUGGGGCAGAAUUUCUAAUGGCAGACGUCUUCAUUCUCUUUCAGGCCACGCAGCGCACCGUGCCUGCUGCGGUAGUGCAAAAUGGCAGGUCUGACUUGGUGGAGAGUAGGGUGUCACUGCAGGCGGAGGGUAGCAAGGGACUGGCCAGUGCACACAUGGCCCAAGCUGCAGUGAACAGCCCUAUUUUAGGCAGACAAAGGUGCUCUGUGACAGAUUAACACCUUCCACAAGGGUGUCACUUCCUCCCUGUGGCCAGGCAGAUCAGUGAAAGACUAUGAAUGGAGAAUAUACAUGUUGAGUUACUGUUUAGAAAAAGAGAGACCAGGUUUUGCUGUUCAUGAAAACAGAGGAUGUGACUGCAAAUCCAGAGCCCUAGGCAAGUAGCAGCAUCCAUCCACUAACCAGAUGUACUGGCCCACUGGCCAGAUGUACUAGCCAGCACCACAGACACGAGCAAGAGGGUAAAACCUUGGGUAUCUUUGCUUGUGAGAGAGACAAAGGGUAAGACAGCAAUAAAUGGCACCCACAACAGGACAACAGCAAUACAAACAUGGGUCCUUUAAUAAACUAGAGUCCCUGGUGAUCCCCAAAACAAACACACCACAGCAGACAUCUUCCAUAGUUUAGUAGUAGUAGAACACAAGUGGAGUCCAGAUAACCAGAUUCUGUCUCUGCCACACAGUGUGUGUGAGCCAGGUCUGAUUGUCAGAGGAGGAGAGCAAGUACAACCCCCACUGAAACCUCUGAAGUUAAGUGUGGGUAUGUUUAAGGCGUCCAUGGUUGAAAGAUAUGGACCUUCCCCUCUCUGCCUCAGUUUCCUCUCUCUGUAAAACAGACUGCUGAGCUGGAAUUGAUAUGCAAACUAGACACAAUCAACUCCGGUUUGAAUAAGGACUGGGAAUGGCUGAGCCCUUACAAACACUGAAUCUAUCUCCCCUUGCACUGACCAGAGCUGCUGCUGGGUUCCAUUUGCCUUCCCUCAGGGCUGAACGCCCAGCAAGGGGACUGCACCAGCCACAGGUGGGGAGAACAGGUGUCCAGCCAGCCAACUGCCAUGGAGCGGGUCAGCUCCUUCUUCGACUCACUCUGGAAGCUCAUUCACGCCAAGCACCAGGAGGGCAUCUUCAACACUGUCUGCCUGGCCGUGCUGUUGGGGCUGCCCUUCCUCGUCCUCCUCGUCGUCCUCGUCAUCUGCUGUCACUGCUGCUUCUGUAGACGGCAGGGCAAAGGCAGCAGCAAUGGCAGCAGCAGCAACGGGCAGGUCCCAGCAGAGAGGAACAAAAAAAGGAAGAAGAAGGGUGAAGAGGACCUGUGGAUCUCGGCUCAGCCCAAGCUAUUCCUGCUGGACAAGACACCGUCACUGCCCGUCUAGUCGGAGGGACGGAGCAAAGACCUUCCUCCCAGUGAGACCUUCUGGCCAUGUGCCGCAAGGAGCUGCUGUGAUGGCUCCGUCUCCUUUGAUAAUGACUUUAAAACCAGGACUUUCAGGACAAGCCAAACAACUAGUGAGAGCACGGAGAUAUCACUAGAGGGCACGCAGUCCAGCAUGUCUUUACGUGCACAGCCAGCAUUGCACUAGGCAAGUCCUCCAGGCCAAACACAUCCAUGUGCACAAGGACAUGCGUGCACUCACACGUACAAGCAUUCAUGCAGCUAUGUGCACAACAUACUUGCACUCCCAUGCAAACACGCCUAAUGUCACGUGCACAUGGACAUACGUGUACAUGGCACAUGGACGGGCACAUUGACAUACAUGUACACAAGAACAUACACACAUGCACUUGAAAACUAACCCACCCUGGCACUCCUUUGCGCACACAUGGGUGCAUGCUCCUGGGCAGAUAUAAGCACAAGGUUACAGCACAAUGAAAAGGGUUUUCCUUCACACCCUGGCAAGCUAUUGCUUCACAGCUCCUGAAGACACAGGUAUCCAGCCCACUGCCAGAGCUUCCCAUGGGGCUUCCUAAUCCAGCCCUGCCUUACAGACCAAAAGACGCUCCCCCAAGGCAGCAAAGCAGGCGCCCCUACUGCUGGCAGCCAUCCCCAGAACAGAGGAUGGCAAGAACAGAUCAAACAUGGCACAGUAAGGGACUGAAAUCUUUGCACUGGCACUACAAAACCCGUCUAAGACUGGCCUCAGUGCAGCCUGGUCCUUUGGCAGAUCAUUCUGCUGCAGGGAAGGUUGGUUCAUUUCUAUACUGCAGCAAGAGAGGAGACUCCAGCUGAUGCUACACAGAAGCUUGGUUCCAGCAUUUGAGUUAUUUAUUUAAUGACUACUAGAAAGGGUUCAUUCGUGGACCAAAGGCCCACGUAUACUAUUCGGGCCUCGGAACAUUGACUCCAUGCAAUAACUUAGGCCAUGCGCCCCCCAGACACACACGCAGCCAGAGCCACACUCUCCCAGACACACAGACAUGCCCAUGUAGCACGCCCAGACAGUGGUACGCACAAAUGGGCACACACUGGUGUGGAGUAGCUCCUGCCAUCCAGCUGUGCCGCUGGUCCAGGGAGCAUUGCAAGGGCAGAUGGCUCUGGAAUGGAAUACAACACAAAGACAUAGCAGGGGGCCUGAAUCCAGAUACACUUCAUACCUCCCGCCCACCAAAGCUUCCCUCCCUCCCCGCCCAACCCUAAGAGAGAUUGUCCUAGACAGAACCCCCACACACACAUUUCACAGAUGUGUGUUCCUCACACUCCUGAGACCUUACUCUUCUUCUCAAGCAAGGCAGCUCAUCCCAUCCCCACAGGUAGCCAGUCAGUGGGCCACAACUAUCUGUGCCCCCUGCUCCAUCUCUGACCCCACCCACGCCCUCUUUGACUUCAGAGUCUGUUUCCCAGUGGUCCUGCCUGACUCCUCCCCAUCCAUGCACUAUUGUAGUUAUCAUCAAGGCUUAUUUAAGUCUCAUUUACAUGGUUUGCAAAUAAACAGAGUGGGUGGACACCUCGUCUCAUCUGCUCUUUCCAACAAGCCAGUCAAAAGACAAAUAUUUUUGCUGUAAAGGCUCUGCUGGGAACAUUCUGCUUUAGAUUGUUUUUAGCCUCCAGAGCAGACUUCCCAGACAGUUCAGGGAAACACACAAACCCAUCCAGACCAGCCCUGGCACACCCUCCAGCAUGGCAGACUCCGGUGUGGUGACCUCAUCUGCAGCAGAGUGUCUCACCCACCCUCCACUAGAAGAUCUCUCUGCCUCUAGGAUACCCCUCUGCUAGGGUAUGCAGGCAGCAGGAAGAGCUGGCCUGGGGCUUACAGAAUCAGCCACUUCUGCUGUGCCCUCAAAGUGCAGCCCAGUUUGUCCAACUUUGUGACAUCACUUCAUGGGGUUUGGCCCUCACUCAGCUAUGUUGUUUGGAGCCUCAACCCCAGACUCCUCCUCACCCAAACCCUUCAUUCACUUCAUCUGCAUUAAAAAAAACAGGGACCCCCAAUUUCAAGGCUGAGAGGAUAAGAGUCAGAUUUAAGCUUAAACAGCCUUAAGGGAAGCCUGAUCCUAGAUACCAACUCUCCCUGAACCAACUCCCCCACUGCCCCAACUUCUGCUCUGGGAUAUUUGAUUAUUUCUCUCUCCAUUUACAAAAUGAUGUAAUUUUAUAAUCUCUCUCACACACACACACACGCGCGCGCACACACACACAGAGAUUAGGGCAAAGCUAGAGGAAAACAUAACUGGAGCUACGAGUGCUUAACUGGCUGUCAGAGAGGAAAAUAUAGCUAGUUGUGACAUGGCUAUCUUAGGGCUACAACUGUUUUGCUCUGCCAUAGUUAAAAGACCCAGAAAGGUAUGCUGGAAAAAUGUUUCCUGUGAGAGCGCUCAACCCUGUCAGGACCAGAAAGUCAAAGGAAAGGGCCAUGUCUGCAUAUCAGCACUCUACCACAGGCCCAAACCAUUAAAUCCAAACACGCCCAAACUUUGGGGAAGUUCAAAACCCUACCCAAACUUUAUAGCCCUGAGCCAUCUCUUUAAUGGACUGAACCCACCAGCCCAGAACUCAAGCUCCAAGAUGACUUGGCCCCAUCUCUACCCACCACAUACAGUCAAAAGAGCAAAGCUCAGGAAGCUGCUUGUAUGAGAGCCAUCUUCUUGGCCAAUACCAGGGAUCGAACCAGCACUUCCAGAACUGAAACCAAGAGCAUCUGUAGCGUGAGCUGCUGAAGACCCCUGUCCUCUAUGGGUCUGUGUGACACAUGCUAACCAGCAGGUUCCAUCUGCACAGCCAAUGACAAGGCAGUGUCUGAUGCAUGUUCAGUACAGCCUGAUAAGGCCCACCUGGGCUCAGGUUCCUACAGCUAGCUCUGCUCUGACACUGUGGAAAACAGCCUCUGCCUUGCAAGCAAUUCUUCAUGUGCAUGGAUCUGGAUUUCAGUGUCAGCCUCUUCUGCACAGUUCAUGCUCAAGAAAAAUUUUAAAAUAAAACUUUUUUUUUCCCCCAAACUCCUGAGAGUGGUUUUGUCUCCAGAUCUCAGCCAUUUCUUUGUUUGGGAAAAUCUUUUUACACCAUCUCACUGGCCUUGGAUGAGACCUUUGUUGACAUCAGUUGAGAGGAAUGCUAACGGGAACCUCUUUUCAGCCAGUCACAAAUAAAUUAUUCUUAAAAGGGCAGUUUCCAAUUC